AUGGAAUCAUCUCCGUGGGUAUCAAGAGAUGAUCUAUUGGCUUUGGAAAGAUGUGUUCCUAAUAAAUUGCCGCAUGAAUAUACUUUUGACAAAAUGGAAUUUUGGGCUCAACUACAUGGGUUACCGGUUAAUUAUUUGGACAUAAAAUUUAUCCAAAUAUUAGUUGCAUACGCUGGUAGUCACAUAACCAUUUCUAUUCAAGAAUCUCGUAAUUGGAGAAAAUUUUCUAGAGCUUGUCUUCCUAUCGAUAUUAAACAUCCACUAAGAGAUUCUAUCUCAUUUCCCUUGUCAAAUGGGCAGGAAAUCACAGCUGAAAUCAGAUAUGAAAGACUCCCUAGAUUAUGUUUGUUUUGUGGUCUUCUUGGUCAUCUUAUGAAAAUAUGUCUGAAAGUUCAUCAACUUAAAGAUAAGGUUCGUCAAGAUUUUCCUCCAGAACUUCAUCAACAAGCAUAUGAUCUUAUAACUCCAAAGUACCAGCGAUCAAUUAAUGCCUAUGUCAAGAACUACAUUGAUGAAUUGGAGGAGUUUCAACAAGGAGAUUAUUAG